AUGGUGGCAUUCCAGUCACAGUUUAUCUCCGUGACAUCCAGUUCAACCAUUAAGGAUUCCUUUUGGAUUUAUUUGGUUGAUUGGGUAUUAACUUUAAUUGUAGCAUUAGCAUUUAUAUUUUAUUUCCAUCGAUUAAUAGGAAUCAUAUUUUCAUAUUUAUUUAAAAUUGCAUUAUGGAAUACUUAUAAGAUAAGAGUCAAUAUAGAAUCAUUGAAGGUAUCACCAUUAGGUGGUAGAUUAUUCAUUAAGAAUUUAACAAUAAUGACAUCGGAUAUGACAAUUUCAAUAUUAAAUUUAACAUUAACUUGGCGAUAUUGGUUAUUAAUUUUAACAAGGUUAUCAUAUUAUUUUUAUGACUCAAAUCUUUAUGAAUCUGCUGGUAUAACGGCUCAAGAGAAUGAGAAAUUCCCACUGAGAUUCCUUAUGAUUAUUGAAGGUUUGGAAAUUUUCAUGUAUAAUAGAACAAUGGCUUAUGAUAAUAUAAUAGAUAUAUUAGAAAAGAAGAAAAAUAACAAUAGCGAAAAUCAAUCUCCAGGUUCUAGUACUUCUAGUACAUAUUCAGAAGACUUAAAGAAUGGAACUUUACGACAAAGAACAACAGUAAAUGGUGACAGCAAUAAUAAUGACGAAUCAAGCAAGCAUACAUCACCCGAACCUAAAGAUAAGAGUAAAGAGACCAGUUCUUAUUCAUUAUCUUUCGCUUUACAAUUCUUUCCUGUCCUGAUUAAAGUGAAAAAGGGAGCAAUAGUCAUGGGUAAUAUCACAACCCCUUCAAUUUUAGUGGCAUCAUACAAAGUAGCAUCAGGUGUAAUAGAUAUAUCCAAAUCACCAAAUUUGAUAGAUCCUUAUAGAUUAAUCAAUGAUUUUAUUUUUGAUAAUUUCCAACUUUGGAUGAGACCAAAUAUUAAACAUGAUAAAUUCAGAUAUGGCGCAAGCUUACAUAAUAAACCAACUGCAAAUCAAAAUAUUAAUCUUACUCAUAUGAAGAAAUAUAAACUUUGGUAUAAAUUUCAACGUGCAAUGGUUGUUAUUCCACAUAAAUUUGCCAGAAUAUUCACAGGGAAAAAGAAAAAGGGUCCCGAUCAGCUACCGGCAUUAGAUUGGCAAGGGUUAAAGAGAUAUACUGGAGAGAGAGAUGAUCCGGAAGUGCUAGCUAUAUUGAAUUCAGAUGAGCAAUAUGCUAAAUACAGUUUGAUCUUAGAUUCAUUAGCAACCAGAAUAAUAUACUACUAUGAUUCACCAUGUAUACAACCAGAUUCGGAAUUGUCAGAAUCAAGGAUACCAGUUGCUGCACCUGAACAUGGUGUUGAGAUUGAAGUAUCAAUGGGAACAAUACAUUAUGGUCCAUGGGCAGAUAGUCAACGAGUUCCAUUACAAAAUAUGUUUUUCCCUCCACUUGCAAGAGAUUCAGAACCAACAAUAGGAUUUUUAGAACCAGGUAAAAUGCGGGAUUAUGAAGGAUUCAAGGUUACUAUGAUAGUUAAGGAUGAAGUAAUAGUUAGAAUACCUACACGUGAACCAAGUAAAGAUAAAGAACUUCUUAAAUCUAGUGGAAGUGGUGGUAGUGGUGGUGGUGGUACUGGAUUACAAAAUAGGACAGCUUCUAGACCAUUUGGAUGGUUAGAAAUUAAGAUCGGUGAAGGGUCGAAUAUUUCAUCAUUUACUUCAUUUGUGGCUAAUUCAAAAGAAGGAUGGCCGAAUAGAUUGAAAGUUAUACUUAAUGAACCGGAAAUAAGAUCAUCAGUCAACCACGAUGUUUUAUUCAUUGCUGAAUCUCAUGAAAUUGAUGCAAAGAUUGGAUUCCCAUUGGAAUGGAACGGUCCAUGUACUUGGGAUUUUGAACAAACUAGUUUAAAUGGACAAUUAUUCUUUUUGAGGGAACAUACAUUAUUGUUUUCUGAUUUAUUUACAGAUUGGGCCUCCGGAGAAACACAGCCUUAUGAAUAUUUCCGACCUUUUGUUUACAAUAUUCAUUGGAAAAUUAUCAAUUAUAAAUUAUAUCUUAAUAUUAAUGACUUGAAUAUUAUUAAUAAUCCUUUGGAUUUUAGCAAUAACAAAUAUCUUUCAUUUCAAGGGUCAAUGAUUAAUUGUAAUAUAGGAUUACCACUUAAUGGAAUAUUUUCUAAAUCUUCAACAGUGCCAUUUGAUCUUAAUACUCCACAAUUCGAUCUUAUUUUAGACACUCCACCAUGGCACACCGUGAAUGCUUUUAUGAAGGAAUCUAAUGUUGUUGGUAGAAGUAAUCAUUUUAGAGUUGAUGGUAGUUAUACGUUUUUCAGUUCCGUGGAAGUGAAUACCUCAAAUUAUAUUGAAAUUAAAUGUAUUGGUGAUGAUGUUAGUUUGAAACUAUAUGGGUUUGUUGUAAGAUAUUUAUUUACAAUCAGAGAGAAUUACUUUGGAGAUUUUAUUAAUUUUAAGACAUUUGAAGAAUAUACCAGUUCGGCCAAUCAUUCAGAUGAUAGUGGAUCUUCGGGAUAUGAAUCAAAAGAUUCUACACAAGACAAUUAUUGGAAAAUGAUUAAAACGGAAAAUGAUGUUGACGUUAUGUUUACAUUCCAAGUUAGAAAUGGACUUAUAUUACUCCCAUAUUAUCUUUAUAGUUGCAAAUCACACAUUGGACUUAAUUUUGACAUGUUGGAUGUUGAUAUUCGAUUCUGUAAUUAUUAUAUGGAUAUGCAAGCUGAUUUCAGUCCUGCUUCAGCAGUAUUUGUUGAGGAUUACAUCAAUGGUAAGGAUGACCCACUAUUCACUGUCGAAGAAUAUUCAAGGUUAUACCUACAUUCAGAUAUUCACAUGCACAUUGACGGAUUCAGUAUACAUACUCAUAGAAUGUUUGGUAUCCCUCCUGAAGAAUUGACAUUUUUUUGUAAUUGGGAUUUUGCCAGUGGAGAAAUAAUAAUUAAUGCCGAUCCAUUAUUUUUGAAAGCGUUAGGGACUUCAGUAUCGAAUGUGAUUGUAGGAUUUCAUGAUCGAGAGAAUGCAUUGGAGCCUAGUUUACCCACUGUUCACGAUAUGGCGAAUUUUUCAUUCAGAUGUCCAGGUAUAACUAUAAAGUUGAUGGAUCAGGAUAACCAGUAUAUUGAAAUUGGAUUGAAGGAAUUGUUGUUGAGUUUUAAUGAUGUUGGUAAUCGCCGAUAUUCGAGCAAGGUUAUGGUUUCAAUUCCAGAGAUUUAUGCAAAGGUUGUCAAGGAGACCGAUUCAAUUGAAAAGAUACUAGCAUUUGUGAAGACGUCAUUGGUGUUCAGUAAUAUUUGUCAAAAGAAAAAUAUGUUUGAAAGAAGAAGAUUGCAGCAAUAUCAUGUUAGAGAUAGUGAUGCUCCGUUCCAUCGAGCUCCGUUUAUUAUUUUUGAAGAGAAUCGAAAUGAGUUUUAUAACAAUCAACGAGGAUGCUUUUUAACCACUUUAACACUCCCGGAAGCUUCACUUCCACUUAAUGAAUCAACUAUAAAUGUAUCAAAACAUUCAAAUCUAGAUAUUGAACCUCAUUCGGACAGUGAACUUGACACAGCUUGUAGUAGUUUGAAUUCAUUGGAAAAUAUAUAUCCCGAGAAAAUGCCUCCAACUAUUAACUAUGAUGAUGAAGACUUUACCCCGUCAUACAAAGUGGAUCCUGAGACUGAAUAUGAUAAUUUCAUAAUUGAAUUAGGUGAUACCAACAUCUUUCUCUCACCUGAUUCCAUAGCAAUUACAGGUGGGGUCUUCAGUAAUAUGUUAGAUUUUUCAUUAGAUACUAUCAUGGACGAACUUGAUGUUGCCACUGUAAAAGCUUUGAAUGAACUUAUGCAGACAAGCAAAGAAAUUAAGAAUUUAAGAUUGGUCAAUCAUGAGAUUACGAUUAAUUUUGGAGAUUUUGAACUUUUUCAAGAUGAAGAUAUCGUCGAACAAAUUAGGAAACAUCCAACUGUUGAUGUAACAAUAUCUGGAUUAUCAGCAGCCACAUCUAAUAGAACAGAGAAGGAUGUUCAAGAUGGUAAAUCAGUUGUAACCGAGGAUUCUAGAGUUGCGUUCCAUAUUAAAGACAUUCUAUGUUCAAUAGUAGAACCAUCAUCGGUAACUCCGGCAUUAUUAUUAAAUAUUACAGAUAUAGAAUUUUGGCAAGAAACGGAUAAUAGGGGCUCUGUUGGAUCUGGGAAUGUUUUACUGAUCGAUUUGGAAAUUCAGGAUGAUCAAGUGGAAUGGUUGGUGAAAACCAUUGAGAGUACUGCUGAUAAAUGUCUCAAGUCUAUCAAACAAUUUUCGGAAAUUCCACGUAAGAAUGACGCAAAAGCAAAGCUUGUCCAUGCCCUUUCACUUGCAUCAGCAGAUUAUCGUAUUGAUUAUGAUCCAGAUGUGUUAACCAGACCAGCCUAUAUAUUGAGAGCUAAGAAAGAACAUGUGAGAUUUUUCGAUUCUUGGAAAGUGAUUGCAAAACUUCGGCAUAUAUUGAUGUCCCUUCCUGAAAGUUGGUAUUCAGAGAAUAAUAAUCUAUUGAAGAGGAAUGAUGUAUUUCUACCGGACAAUGCAUUGGGGGAGGUUGUAGCCAUAUUUUCAAACUGGAGAACUUGGGAAGCUAACCACGAAGAAAGAUUGGAUAUGUUAAGAAGAAUAUUUAUACAGCCGGAAGAGUUAUUGCUGCAAACCAUUACCAAAGAAUCAAAUCUUCAAUUUAUUGUAUCUGAAGUUUCUGCAAAUCUUAUCUCCGAAAGUGGUGACGCCGAUAAUAUAAGAUUGGAAGGGUUAACUGUCUCAACAAAUUUUGGAGAGACGACCAAUAUUGAUUUAAGUAUUGAAAAAGAGAUUGAUGUUAUUUUUAAUUUGAUGGAGUACAAGAGUAAAAUUUCAAUGAGAACGUUGGAUAAGCUUAAGCACUUCAAAUCUGAAAAUUCUGAAAUAGAAAGCAAUACAGAGAAGAUAAACACCAAAUCAAAGGCUUCAAUUUUGUCAAGAGCUAACAUAAUCACUAGAAUCAGUCAUGUCAAUCAACAAAUCUUACUACCUACCAUUUCGCUUGAAUUUAGAGGUGCUGAUGUUUUGUCUAGGUUUGAAUCUUCAUUAAACUUCCAGAUGUUUCUGAAUGUGUUUGCUUCAAAUUUCUUUGAGUGGAAUAUAUGGCAAUCGACCCAUCACGUCUUUAAUAAUCGUAUUGAUGGGCUCAAUUGGGUUCUCAGCAAGACAACAAUUACCAACAAGGAUUCGAUUCAUUUUGAUUUUGGAUUGGAUAAGAUAGCAUUACAGGUUUUAGAUAAAGAUGGAAAAUUCCCGCAGAUGAUGGAGCAGAUAGUUAAGCAUGAUGUUAAAUAUAUCCAAGAUUUAAUAAAAUUGAUUGUACCAGAUUCAAAAGGAGAAACUAACGAUGAUUUACCAAAGAAGGAAGCUUAUAGAAUCGAUCGACUAGGGCAAAUCUCUGCCAACGUGAACUUGAAGGAGGUAGAAUGGCGUAUUGAAUUAUUGAAUCCAUUCAUUAUAGGAGGAACAUUUUUUGACAAACAUGUUUCAGUAUCCAAAAGGCAUAAUCAUGAUGUAUUUAUUGAAUCGACUUUGAAACGAGCAGCUUGUCGUGUUGACGUCCAUAGGCUCAACAUUCUAGAUAUGAAUGGAUCAGAAUUAAGAUUGUUGUUAGAAAUAGGAACUUUAGAUGAGUUGAUUUUGUUGGCAUUAACCAUGUCUACGGCGUCUUCACGUGCAUUCUGUCCAAAUUUAAUUGAAACUAUAGAGAAAGUAAAGAAAGAAUUACCAGCCCUCCAAAAGAAAAUUGAUCACGUUGUUGGUUUAUUUAAAACAGACAGUAUCGUGGAAGAAGUGAAAUCAGGGAAAGAGACAGAUAUGAGUAAGGUUGUCUUUAAACUUAAGUUUUCAAAUGGGUAUGCUGGUCUUUCUACAUUCGUUAACAAAGCAAAAUUAUCAUUUGAGAUUGAAUCAUCUACAAUGGGAGUAUUUAACAUUGCCAAUGUGCCAAACCAAGAUGAUCCUGAUGGUGCAAACGUCAAUAGUCAAGUUCCUUUAUAUGGUGAGAUUGAAAUUCCUACUGCUCGUUUAUCACUACUCGAUAGAAGUAUUCCAAUUGGAGUUUCAAAUAUUAUGGAUGUUAAUAUGACUGUUAGAUUAUUGAAUGAUUCCGAAAAUGAUGCGAAUAGUCGUCAAACUUUACAGUUAGAAUCACAGCAUUGCCGUGUUUGCCUUUCAGAACCAACUACAUUUAAAUUGAUUUCUAUUGCGGAUGAACUUCUCAAGCUUAUACCCGAAGAAGCUCUUGAGAAGAAGAAGGUUACCCCUGAAGCUGUUCCAAGAUCUGUCAUUGCUGACGCGGUAUAUUCUCGUAUUUCAGCUUUUCAAUACCUUUCAUACAACUUUUGUGCUGGUUGGUUAUUUUUUGAAGACGGUGAUAGAAAAAAUCAAUAUCCUGGUAUUAUAGUUGGUGCAGAAAGAUUCUUUGCUGCAACUGAAGAAGGAUUGGGUAAGUUUACAUUAAUGGAAGGGUAUGUGUCCGUUGCCAAUGGUUCUAGGUCGUCCAACUUCUAUAGUUCCACAUCCCAAAAAUCAAAUUUGAAUAGAGCAUUCUUACCUACCAUUCAAUUAUCUUACGCCAUUGAUAAAAGAGUUAGUGGAAAUGAAAAUAUUAGAAUUGCAAUGCAUGGUGACGAAUUAGAUGUGAAGUUCUUGUCCACUUCAGUAGUGAUAUUAGAGAAAAUUGCAAAGCUGGGUACUAAAGUGCAGCAGUAUUUGGAAAAAAGAGCCAAGUUUAAGAAAGAGACCUUAGUAAAUCCUAGUAAAACCACAAGAUCUGACACGACAAUCUCUUUACAAUCAGAAUAUGCAUCUAUUGACUUUACUGCCACUUUUGCUGGUUCAAAUGUGUUAUUAUAUCGGUUACAAGAUGACGAAGAGACUACAGAAGCACCUUCAUUGUUCUUACAUUCUCCUGCAGUGAAAGCGGCAUUUAGAUAUCUUGAAAAGAAAGCUGACAGAAAAAGGGUGUUACAGGGUGAAGUAGUGACUAGUUCUUCUGAGAAUACUUUGUAUCCGAGAUGUGUUCCUGUUGUUGCUGACAUGAUUACUGGGAUGAAAGCCUUCAUGAGGAAUAAGGCAGAUAUAAAUAUCGAAGGUAUAACAGAUGUCACUGCAAUUGUUGAAUCUAAAGAACCCAAUACAACAUUUUUUGAAGAUAUUUUGAAAGAUAUGGAAAUUCAUUUUGGAAUGAGGAUAGAGAAACAAGCACUUUCAUUAAGUUGUGAACCUACAGCCAGAGUUGCUGCUGUAGUGGGAAUUGACGGAUUAUUUAUCCAAGUCAACAGCAAUGAUGUACAACCUUCUAAAGGAAUUAUAAUGUCGGUAUUGUUUGAUCGUAUUUCGGCUUCUUUACAACACAUCUAUUCUAGGGAGAUUAGUGCUUCCACUGGGAUCGAAAGAAUUUUAUUAACUAGUGCAUUUGAGUUAGAAGAGGUAGCAAGUUUGUAUUCUGCUGGUUGUUUUACCGACGUUGAUUGUUAUAUUAAUGUUAAACAAUAUCAAGAUGUGGAAUUAUUUAAGGAUAUUUGGUUUCCUAAGAAAUACCAAGAACAGUAUUCGAAUUUAUUUGAGAGUGAUGAACCAAAGGACUCACAAUUGUUAGCCAAUAAGAAUAUUUCAUCUAGGUUUAGGGAAGUUUCAACUACGUAUGCAUUCCCAUGGAUUGUUACAUUUUUAGUUUCCAAUGCAUGCGUUAGAGUGGAUUUUGGCCAGUCGUUGGGUAAUUUUAAAUUGGACGUGAAUAACUUCUGGGCAGUAUCUAAGAAAGCCACAGAUUGGUCUCAAGAUUUGAAAACUGGAAUUGAUUCAAUUACAUUAAAAUCCGAAGGUAGAUUAGGGGGGAAUUUGUUAAUUGAAAAUAUCAAUCUUCAUACAGCUAUUUGUUGGGAAUUAUUGAGCCUGGGAACUACAUUGGAUGUUCCGUUGAUUUUGGUGUCGGGUGGUAUUGAGAAAUUGCAAUUGAAGACCUCGUUUGAUUAUCAUGUUAUUGCAUUAGUUAAUUUUGAAGGGUUUGCUAUGGAUGUGUAUAAUAGAAAGAGUGACGUUUCUGUUGCAAAAGAUCACUUAUUUGUUUCUACAAAGUUUGAUACAGCAGAAGUUUAUAUUACAUCAUUGACUCAGUCUAUUCUUUUGGAUAUUCAGAACGCAAUUUUAAGAAUGGUGCAAGAAAAUAGAAGGUCAUAUAAAGAGACACUUAGAGACUCAUCAAAGGGAGGUAUAUUCUUAUCGUCUUCCCGUAGAUCAUCAACACCAAUACCCGUAUCACAGCCAAAGAAGGAUAUGUCAGAAAAUACAUGGCAAGAAGCAAUAAAGAAAUUGGAAACGAAGAUUCACGUCUCCGCAGGUAAAGUUUUGAUCCACAUAUAUCCAUCAUCAUUUGAUAAUUCAAAAGUAUUGGUGAUUCAACUUGACAAAUCACGUGCCAAGUUUCAACAAAAUGAAUAUUCUACUGGUAUUUCCAAUGAAUUAGAUAUAAAAUUUAAUGAUUUAACAAGUUCAUUGUCAGUCUUAGAAACAGUUCUGGAAGAAUUCAUAAAUGAAUGUUCAGUGUCUGAGUUUGUCGAACAUGCACAUAAGGCCAAUGGUGGUGGGAUAUUUGUAUUUCCAUCGUUUAAGAUUUCCAUGAGGACGUUCCAGAAGUAUAAUGAAAACUUAAUUGAAUAUUUGUUUCAAUCUACGUUUGAUGGUACAGUUGAUAUUAGAUGGAAUUUAGGUUCGGUCAAUUUUAUACGAGAGAUGUAUUCAAUUCACAGAAAGGCACUAGAAUCAAGAUUUGAUUAUAGGAAGAAGAUGGAAUCAUUCAAUGAGCAUGAAAAUCACGAUAAGUUAACAAAGGCAGCGGGACCAUCACAAGAGAUCGAUGAUGCAAUUAGAGAAACGAUUGAAAAAGUGGAGAGUUCCUCGAAAUAUAGGUAUAGUCCUCUCGCACCUCCAAUUAUAGAAGCACCUCAAAUUAAAGAAUUAGGAAAUGCAACACCUCCAUUAGAAUGGUUUGGUUUACAUAGAAAUCAAUUCCCCAAUGCUACCCAUCAAUUAGCAAUUGUUAAUUUACAACGAUUAAUUCACGAAAUUGAAUUGCAAUAUUCCAAAAUGUUAGGUAAAGCAUAA